CCUCACUCUAUACGCGAAGACGGUCUAUGUAUAAGGUCGAACCAGUACAUAAUAUUCCAUCGUCCUAAGAACGUAGAGUGAAUCAAGUUGCCUUGCAACAAGCUCUUGUUAAAAAUCAUAUUCCGAUCAGUAAAGUAUUGUUUUGAGUCCGUUGGUAAGAGAAGUCUGCACCGUCGUUUUAAAAACUGUACACAGUUCUCAUUGAACGCCGUGAAAAAACGUUGGAGGAGGAUUCAAUCUUUUGAUUGUGUCACGAAUCGUUGCAUUAACACUCUUUCGCGACCGAUCCGAUCGGAAAGAGAAUCUUGAACGGAAGGAAAAUGACCGUAAUGAUUCGCUUGUUAAUUGUCGCCUUUAUUGGCGCAAUGUGGUAUACGGCAUUGACGGACACGGCUUCAAUCGGUACGAAGGAUCUUUCCUACCAAUUGCAACGUAUGGCCCGUGACACGAGUUCUAAAGAUAAAAAAAGUAGUGCUGCGGAUCACAGGAUAUGUUACAACACACCAUGUGGCUGGGCAGUCUACGUCCCGUUUACCCGAAGAAUUGAGUAUUUCAUGAAAAAUACCUGCGAAUGCCUUGACUCGAGCUACAAGUGUAUACGAGUAGACGACGAUCUUUCUGUCAGUGCAUACGUAUACGAAUGCCGUCAAAAUACCACGGCUGACGACAUCGAGUCACCCGAAGAUGCAAUUUAAAUUUUCUGCUCACGGAGUCUUCAUCAUUAAUCAUUGAUAACUGGUAAACGAUUUACUGAAAGUUGGCAAUUUAAAAUCAAAAUUUAUAGAAGAACUAUGGAGCUUUUCUAUACUUAUUUAGCCCCGUAACAGCGUUUUUUCAUUAUUACGUUUAUUCACUCUUUUAGAAUAUCGCUUUUGAUAUUAUGAUAUAUUACGUUUAGUAAAAACGAAAAAGAAAAAAAAGAAUCGUAAUGCUAGCAUAGUCGCUUGUCGUGUGUUUGUGUGUAGUAAGUGAUGCCGCCCGUUUAUACAUAUUAAGGGUUGGCGAUUUUAUACGCGUGAAAAAAAUAAUGGAGAAAACAAUUCUCGUUUGAUAUCGGUUAAGAGUGAGCUCGGACUAUCAUCUUUUCCUAUUUUCAAAUUUGACACCCCUUGGCGGCACGAGGGAUAUUACCGUAGUGAAUAGACAAAGUACAUCGAUUGUGACGCACAUCAAUCCUCUGACACUUGUCAAAAUAAUCUGUGCUAACGUCCAUUUCGCAUGAAAAUAAUUGUCGGUUUGAAACUUCCCAUUAUAUGUAAAUACCCUGCGUUGUAGCGACUGAAUAUGCACGAUCGAGAUGACUUGUAAAACGAAUGAAGUGUACAGAGUCAAUUAUUUGAAACGGUCAAAGAUCCAUACGAAUAAAGCAAUUUGAUGCUUAGCUACCGAUUACAAUUAAUAUUAAUAAGUAGCUGUGUUUUGAAGAUGCGUUUGUAAUUGAUAUUUGAUCUUUUUGUAUGAUUGACGUUUAUCUUGUUGGUUUUUUUUUGAUCCGGUGACUUCAGCAUCCGGCGAAUAUAAUCAUACCGAUCAGUUAUACUAUAAUUAUUCAGAUCCUAGUAAGUUCAGUAUUAGAUUCAGUAAUCGAGUAUCCGGUGAUUAUUUUAACCCGUGAAUCUAAUAUGUCUUCCAUUACGUCACUAACUGGACUAUUUACGUACAUAUUCCUCUUGUCAUCAUGCGCUAAAAUGUACAAAAUUAUAAUAUUUCUAAUGUCCAAUAAUUGUCAUUCUGUAAGUAAACGUCAAUCGUACGUGCCGAUAGGCGGUUCAAUGAGAAAAGGAACGAAAGAUAGUAAUAUGGGUCUUGUGAUUGAAAAUUAAAAAAGAAAUUAUCACAAAUACCAGAAAGAAAAAAGAAAUUACCACAAAUUAGACAUUCGCGUUCAAUUAAUCGAUCGAAUAAUUAAAAUCAGUGUCAUGUAAACCAGACGUAAUACUGUUAUCGAAUUUUUCCCAGAUAGUUUAGUCAUGUCUUUCAUUUAUUGUAAUUUUAUUUACUAUCGCGUCGAAAACAAAUCGAUUGCGUUCGACGAUGGUAAGAUUUUUCCAAUUAUCCCGUGCGAAUCUCAACGUUGUGAUAUCACGCUCGGUAAAGAUUUUUUGCUAACACGUUAGUUCAAUUGAACAUCCGUUAGAAUGUCCUUCGUAAUACACUCGUGGUUGGGAUUCGAUAAUUUUGCGAAAAAACGCGAAUUAAAGAAACAAUUGAGACACGCGUGCUCUCUAAAAGAUUAAAAUAAUUUUUCAUUUGAAUUAAUUGCUCACAUUAUAGAUUAUUAGCUGCAACAUCUUUUGCACGUCUAGUAGAACGUGACUGGUAGAAAUUGGAGAAACGUAAGUUUUGUAACAAUUGUUGCGAUUCUUCUUCACUUUCAAAAUGUCUAGGUAACAACGUAAUACCUAGUUCUUACCACUAAAUAACUUAAUCGUGUUAAAAUUUUCACAAAUCUAUCAGAUAUCUUUUCUCCCUAACUUAUCGAUUCUCGGGAUGCAUUACGUUAAUCUUAUCUGAGUCGCACCAACAAAAAGGUGUCUCAGAAGUAAAUUUUUUUACCUUGAAAAGUUAUUCGUUAUGCGUACAGGAGAAAGAUGCAUAAAAAUACCUUAGAGAGGCUACGUUUGGCCGAUCAAGACACGAAGCGCCCCCCUAUUGUACACACGGAGACUAGAUGAACUAAAAAAGCAACGCUUAGAAAGAUCUAAUCUCUUAUGCGUAUCUUCUUGCUGUGUCUUGCGCUAUUCCUGUAGAACUAAUAACUUGUGUAAAGGUGACAUCGUCAAGCUGCUUCCUAGAAUUUGUCUGCCAACAGCAAUACAGUAGGAUAUAAGUUAACCGUUUUCAUUUUUUUUUUUAUAUGAAUAACUUAUCCCCCUAUUAUAUAAUAUCUAAUAUAAUAAAUCUAAUACAAUAAGUUCUUCGCGUAAUUUCCUAUUAGAAUUUACACUUGUAAUAUUUUUCAUACAAGGCGAUAUAUUAAUAUGUGGCCAUUGUUAUAUGUAUACACAUAUAUAUGUAUGCGCACACACAAAACACAUAUAGGAUAACUCAAGUUUAACGCGUCAUCCGAAAUUUAAAACCCGUCCAUAUGAUUUUGUAUGGUUGAUUUUAAUUUAUUUUUUCUUAGUAUUUUUUUGGGGGUUUUUUAUUACGUUCAUCUUUAUUUUUAUCCGACGCUACGUUAGACGUGAGUUAAUCUUGUAUGAGAGAAGUAUCUCGUUCUAAGCAAGAAAGCCCUAUUUUCUGUGUCCAUACGAAAAAUGCAGCUGAAACUUUUAACGUGUGCGACAGAACACAAUUAUACCUUUGCCAACAAGUCGAAAGUAAUUUCUCUGUAUAGGACCUCGAUGUACUUAACACAAAAGUGUAAUCGCCGUUGGACACGUCUCCAUUUUCUUUUUGUAUAAUAUAAUAAGUCCCCCGUAUAUAUUAUUUAUAACAAGAAAAUGCUCUAUAAUAACGUCUUAUAUAUUCGUUACUUAAUGUCUUGUACAAAAUUCCUCUCGGCUGAAAAUUCAUGGAUAGAUAAGCAACUAGACGACCGAAAUACAUAAGAAUGGAGUGAACGAACAAGAAUCGCGAAAGAUUGUAAAUCGGUGACUUAUUAUUUUUUUUUAAGUACCCAAGUGGCACAAAGUCAACUUAUUGAUGUCCUUAAAGAUAUCCGAAAAAUAUCAGUAGAUUUUUGGUAUCACAAAAGUCAUCUUUUGUAUUUGAAAAAUGAAUAUCUAAUGCCUCCUUCCCAAAUUGCUUUCUGCGUAUCCCAAAAAGAUAACUAUUUGUUAAUUUUUUGCUAACUUUUUUUUGCGAUCCCAAAAAGGUGUCAGCCAAAGGACAUUGAAUAAUAAAAUUUAUGAAUUUUAGUCAUCUUUAAAAGGCAACUCAAGGAUGUCAAAAAGGAACAUGUGCCACUAAGGAUAUUUAUUGUUACAAACAGUUGUAAUACUGGAGCCUUCGAAUCACUGUAAAUUUGAAUGGUUGAAUUGAUCUGUUUGAUAAUAUUAUUAUUAUUGCUGUAAUUAUGUUAUGCACGAUGAAUUGUGUUGUCACGUUUUCUCGUAUUGCGGUCUUUCUAUGUCUGUUCUACAAUAAAUCGUAAGUGGUUUUUAUGAGCUAAUCAGACAUAUUUUUUAUGUUCCGAUUGGCUUGUAGAAAUGGAUUACGAUCUUCACUUGUUACGACUUACUGCAGAAUAGACUUUAUAUCUAUUCAUUGAUUCGCACGGAAUUUAAUUAAAUAUUUGGUCAUUUCAAUGCCCAUGUUUAAUCGCCAAUGUAGAUUAUACACGUACGAAGUUUAAUUUUAAUAAGCUAAACUAACUUUGACUACAACGAAAUCCCGCGUGUCGUAACGAUAUGAGAUAUAAAAAUAGUUGAUGACGUUCUUACUGCAAUGUAUUUAUACGUAGUAUUUCAUCUGUUGUUAUGUAAUACACACAAAAUAAAUUAUCGAAUAUUGAGAAAGCGAUAUGAAUAAUCAAACAUUAUACAUAUGGAUGAUAUAUAUAUUGUAUAAUUAUUGUCUCUAAUGUUAUGAUUUUUAAUAAAAUAAAUAAUGUUGCACGAA